CCGCAACCACACCACCUUGUAGCGUUCUUCCUUUCCUCACUGUACAACAUCUUUGCCUUUUGCUUUGGUUGUUCGGAUAACCACCUCAAGCCAGCCUUAAUCUGACUAUACCGAGCCUAUCAGGAAAAUCUACGUUCGAUUCCAUUCUCCAUUCCUUCUCAUUCCACUGCACCAGCCAUGGCAGACGCCCUCAAGGCUGAGGGAAACAAGGCCUUUGCUGCCAAAGACUUCAAGACUGCUGUUGAAAAGUUCUCCCAAGCAAUCGAGUUAGACCCAACAAAUCAUGUCCUCUACUCCAAUCGUUCGGGCGCAUAUGCUUCACUUCGAGAAUGGCAAAACGCACUCGACGAUGCAAACAAAACCACCGAGAUCAAGCCUGACUGGGCAAAGGGAUGGGGGAGAAAGGGUGCUUCCUACCACGGUCUAGGCGACCUCAUCGGUGCAAAAGAUGCUUUUGAAGAAGCCCUCAAGCUUGAGCCCUCCAAUGCCCAGGCGAAGUCCGGCCUCGAUGCUGUCAACCGAGCCAUCGAAGCUGAGGCUCGAGAAGACGGUGCAGACCUUGGUGCCGGCGGUCUCGAUGGUCUUGGAAACAUGUUCAACGAUCCACAACUCAUUCAGAAACUAGCCAGCAAUCCCAAGACCUCUGGCUACCUUGCCGACCCUCAAUUUAUGGCCAAGCUACAGCGUCUAGCCAAGAAUCCUCAAGAGAUGGGUCAAGAACUGGGUGAUCCUCGUUUCUUACAGGUCAUGGGGGUUCUGCUGGGCGUCGAUAUGCAGUUAGGGAAUCCUGAUGCCGCAGGUGCCGGUGCCGGUGCCUCCGCUUCAGGUCGACCAUUCGAAGCUGAAGAAGACGUCCCCAUGCCAGAUGCUCGACCACAGUCUAACCCUCCUCCGCCUCAGAAGAAAGAACCUGAGCCAGAACCCGAGCCUGAGGAGGAAGAUGAAGAAGCCUUGGCUGCCAAAAAGGCAAAGGAAGAGGCCGAAGCGGAGAAGAAACUCGGUACCGAAAACUAUAAAAAACGCAAAUUCGACGAAGCCAUUGAGCAUUACAGCAAAGCAUGGGACCUCCACAAAGAUAUCACAUAUUUGACCAACCUCGGGGCCGCCAAAUUCGAGAAAGGCGAUUAUCCCGGAGCCAUUGAAGCGUGCGAGAAAGCAAUCGACGAAGGUCGGCAAAUCUUGGCCGACUUCAAGAUCAUUGCGAAAGCGUUUGGUCGAAUUGGGUCCGCAUAUGAGAAACUUGGUGAUCUGCCCAAGGCAAUCAUCAACUACCAGAAGUCGCUGACGGAGCACCGCACCCCCGACAUCCUCGCCAAACUGAAAGCCGCUGAAAAGGCACACAUCAAGGCCGAGAAGGAUGCUUAUAUUGAUCCUGUCAAGGCUGAAGAAGCUAGAGUUUUGGGCGCGGAGAAAUUUAAAGCUGCAGAUUGGCCAGCCGCCGUCGACGCAUACACGGAAUUGACAAAACGAGCUCCAGAUGACCCACGAGGCUACAGCAACCGAGCAGCAGCACUGAUCAAAUUACUCGCCUUCCCCACCGCCAUCCAAGACUGUGACGAAGCCAUCAAACGGGACCCGAAAUUCAUCAAGGCAUAUCUGCGAAAGGCUCAAGCAUUGUUCGGUAUGAAAGAGUACAACAAAUGUCUGGACGUGUGCACCGAGGCCAGUGAACACGACGAGGGUGGAAAAAAUGCAUGGGAGAUUGAACAACAACAGCAAAAAGCACUUGAGGCCAUGUAUUCGUCAAGACAGGGCGAAACAGAGGAAGAGACCAGUGCGAGAAUCCAAAAGGACCCUGAAAUCAUGCAAAUCCUCUCCGAUCCAGUCAUGCAAUCCAUCCUGCAACAGGCCAAGGGUGAUCCCGCCGCUCUCAAUGAACACAUGAAGAACCCGGGCAUUCGAUCUAAGGUGCAAAAACUUGUUGCUGCCGGCGUUAUUCGCGUGGGCAGAUAGUCGAAUCAAACCAAAUCUCCAGAUAUCCAGGUUUCGAAGUUGCUCUCAACAUGCCCGAUCCUCUUUGUCUAUCAUAGCCCCGGAAAAUGCAAAACCUGUGCUACCUUUAAUCUCGAUUCAACAAUCAUAGCUCCCACGGGAAAGUAAGCAAAUUAGCCAUUGACGGAACAAAUAAUUUUCAUUGAUGGAGGAGAGGAGAGAUGAAGGGCCAGUGAAGAGGAAUGUAUGAGUGUGAGAGAGGAGACAGUGACACGCAGAUACCACUUGAAUGAAUUCGACACCCACUUUCUCCUUCCUUUUGCAUGUAGCAUAUCUGAAUCUUACUCUAUCUUCAAAACGAUUUUUAUACUCUUUCGAUUGAUUGGUCGUUGGUGGAUAGCGACUCC